GAUAAAGAGACAUCUAGUGAAAAGAGAGUGCUGGGAAUGUAAGGGAGAUAAGAGCAAGAGAGAAGGGGCAGAAAAAGAAGUUAGAGAAGCCAGAAGAGAGACAGGAAUGACAGAGGGAGAGGAAUGAAGGGAGGACAGUGAGAGAAUAAGUACAGUAUGGACAGAGAAGAAGGUGGGGCAAUGUAGGGAAGAAAUGAUGUUCUAGGGAAGGAGGGAGUGAGAAGGAGGGAAGAUACACUGCUUGACUGGGUAAAGAAAGCUGCUGCCUGCAGUCUGUUCCUGGGCAGGCUAUGAGACUGAAAGACACACCAUAGGCUGAGUUAAAUCCAGGUUCUGCACAAGUCACAAAAUCUUCAUUGCUCAGUUGGAGGCUGAAAGCAGUCUGAAGAAGUAGGUGAGAUGACAUGAUGGUCUAGGCUAUGGAGAGGAGUCAUCUAAUAUGUCUUGGAGGUUGCAGAACACAGAAGGGGUGGCUUAAUGGUUGCAAAAGCACAAAGAGGGGUGAAAGGAAAGGAGUGUGUUUUCUGAAUCCAAGCAUCAUGCCAGCCAGAAUUGCCUUGGUGUGAUGCUGCUGCUGCACAAAGAGACAUGGAGACACGGGGCUUGGUCACUGCUGUUAGCCUGGCUCUCAGCCUUCUCUCCCUGAUCCUGCUGGUGAUAGCUAUCUUUACAGACCACUGGUAUGAGAUGGACACACGCAAACACAAGGAGAUAUGCGAGAGCCAGGGCAACUCGGACCCCACAGACCAGAAGAACAGACUCAUGCCCCUCUAUCAGCUGCCGUUUCGUGGAGAUUCCUCCAAGAACCGCAAGAUGGGUCUUCUAUCCCCAGCCCCAGCUGGUGGGGUAAGAGAACCAGAGGAUCUGCUGGAAAACUGGAGGUCUCUCUUGGGACUGGGGGUUCUGGAGUCAGAUUGUGGACGCCCCCUCUUCUCUACCUACUCUGGACUGUGGAGAAAAUGCUACAUUAUGGGCAUCGACACGGACAUUGACAAUCUGAUCCUGAAAGGCAUAGCUCAGAAAUGCACAGCCAUCAAGUAUCACUUCUCUCAGCCAAUUCGCCUGAGGAAUAUUCCAUUCAAUCUGACCAGGACUAUUCAGCAAGAUGAGUGGCACCUUCUCCAUUUAAGAAGAAUAACUGCUGGAUUUUUGGGAAUGGCUGCUGCAGUCCUCCUAUGUGGAUGUAUAGUGGCAGCAGUGAGUUUCUUUUGGGAAGAGAGCCUUACACAGCAUGUGGCUGGACUGCUUUUUCUCAUGACAGGAAUCUUUUGUACAAUUUCUUUGUGUACAUAUGCAGCAAGUGUCGCUUAUGAUCUAAACCGCCUGCCAAAAUUUAUUUAUGGGCUUCCAAGUGAUGUGGAACAUGGAUACAGCUGGUCUUUGUUUUGUGCAUGGUGCAGUUUGGGCUUCAUAGUAGCAGCUGGAUGUCUGUGCACUGCAUACCCUUUUAUCAGCAGGACCAAGAUUUUGCAUCUUAAGUUUGCCAGAGACUCUUGUGUAUGACUGUGAGAGAUGCAAGGUUAAUGACUUUUGUUUCCAUCUACAAGACAUUGUGUGCACUACAAGACUGGCUAAGCGUGAUCUGUACGUAUCAACAGAAUAUCGUGUUUAAAGCACAAGUUCCAUAUCCUUAAAGGACUGCAAAAAUAGUGUCUUGUUAUGUGAAAUGCAUAUGUAUGAUGACCCAAGACACCAUUGUUCCACUGUUGGAUCUUGCCCUUAAACCUGCUUGAUCACCUCUGCAGAUCAGUCAUUAGAAUGUCAAACAAUUAUGUUAAAUUGAGAUGGAUUUAUUAAAUACAACUCGGUUUCUUGGGGGGGAAAAAAAACAAAAGCAAGGAAAUACAUUGCAAUCAGGUUCCUUGAGAGUCUAUUAUUUAUGCAGAAUUUUUACUAAUGUCUAACAAAUGUGUCAAGAACAUUGCAUAGUUCAGAAGAGUGAAAUUCAUCAUCCUGUUUUUGUUUCCAGAUUUUUACCUUGUUGUCGUUUAUAAAAAAUAGAAAUCAGUCCUGUUAAAGCAAACUUCUAGAUCAAAAGAUAUGUUCUUCAUAUCACGCUUAAAAAAUUUCACCUCCAAACUGUGUUAAAAGUCAUUUCAGCUCCAGAAUUGCAUCACAUCAAAUAUGAUUUUUAUUAAGCAAUGUCAAUCCUAUUGUGUCAUAGAAAAGUACAGUGGCCUAAAUGAAUUAAGACCUAGCACAUAUUAAUGAUUGCAUAUUUUGCCACUGUGCAGUUUUGAAAGGCCCUUUAGAACAUUACAUCUGAUAUCAGUAUUAUAUAUUUUGGGUGCUAUGGGUAUGUUCAGAUGAAGUGGCAAGUCCUAUGACAUAUAGGGAAUUUUGUGGCUCUGCAGAUCCAAACUAUGUUCUAAAAUGUGCGCAGAUGUCAUCUGCAUGUGAAUCAGGUUUGGUAAAUCCCAAUUCACGUUUAUUGUACUAUAUAUGCACUAUGUUGCAUAUUAUUUGUGCAAAAAAAGUACACAGCAUCUGAAUAUACUCCAAAGUUCCUUAUUUGUACAAAACAACCCCUUAUUUCCAGCCUAAGAUUAUAAAGAAGCCCAACGUUAUAUUUUCAGGUAAAACUCAAAACUGUAAUUCCAGUGCAGAAGAGAUCAAUGUUAGUUUGUGAUUUGAUUUGAACUAUAAAGCACUACAUGAACUUAGGAACCUUUAUGGAUUCCAAUUAUAAGUGAACGGCACAAUGGACUUCCUGCAUUAUACAAACGCACAGUAAGAUCACUCUGUUAAAUAAACAAUUUUCUUGAUAAAA